AUGUACCUCCAAGACUCUGUAAAUCUCGGUAGCGACAUUGACAACGAAUUCAAUCGUAUGGGUGUUGAGAAGGGGUUCAGCAAGGAGGAGGCUGUUAGUGGACACAACUCAAACAUGGGCUUGCAAAGAGCCCUAUCCCUCUACUCCGGAAUAUUUGCCCGGCACGAGGGUAAAGGCCGCCGAUGGCUGAUCAGCAACAAUGAGGCAGGCGACGUCGUAUUCCACCAGUGGCUCAUGGCCCAUGCCAGCUUGGGCAACACGGACCCAGGCGGUAGGAUUCGCCUGAGUGCCGAUUUGCGUUACGCGGACCGUGGCCACGAGUACGAUGAGCGAUGGGACCAGGGGCCGUACAGUCCUGAUGACGGCCUUUGA